AUGCCAAAGACGGCUGUGUUCAUCAGUCUACUGUUUACCAUGUCAGUUGUGAGUGGGCAAAUGCGCUGGUGCGAUUAUAUGGCAGCGAUCGGGCAGAAGGCGGAAGAAUGCGAGCCUGACUCGAAAAGUUUGGAGAUUCAACGACAGGUCGAGAUGAGUAGGUUUUUUUUGCAAAAGUAGGAUACAGCAUGACUAUGGUACAUGCCUAAGGUUAAGACUAGGUUUAACAAAAGUACAAGGGCUACACAUGGGGAACGGUCAGGACCUGAGCGUUAGGUCCGACCCGAUCUAAAUUCGGGUCAAGGUCCGCCCGGCCUGAUGGUUGAUUUAGCCUGUUCCCCAUGUCUAGCUGGGGCUUGGGCUAAAGCUAAGAAAGUAAAAAGAGCUAGGUUAUGUGCUAGGGCUGGGGUUAGGAUUAUUGCUAAAGCUAGUGAUCUGGGCUAGGGCUAAAGCUAAAGUUAGAACUAGGGCUUUGAGCUAGGGCUCUGGGCUAACGCUCUGAGCUAGGGCUCUAGGCUAGGGCUCUGGGCUAGGGCUCUAGGCUAGGGCUCUAGGCUGGAGAUUGAACUAGUCCUCGGGCUAUUAAUUUCUGAAAAAUUUCAGAAAUCCCAUACCCAGACUACCCCUUAUGCACAGGCCAUUAUGGGUAUUGUUACAAAUCAGAGGAAUGUGAAAGUGGGUUAGUAUGUAAACAGACUUUUACUGAACGAAAAUGCUGCACCUCACCGUACAGUCAAUGUCCUACGGUUGAUGAACUUGGUUACACUUGCUUGAAACAUCAUCCUACUAAUUGGUAAGUUGGUACUAGUGAUCUAAAAUAUGUUUUUUAAAUUUAAAUUUUUUAAAAUUUUUAGUAUCAUUGGUACCAGUGGUACCAAAAAGUGUACCACACAUAUAUUUUCUAAAAUACGUUAAAAGUGCAUUAUUAAUGUCAUAAAUUUUAAAAAUAUUACAAUUUUUACAAGUGGUACCAUUAGUACCAGUGAUACCAAAAAGUGUACCAAAAAUAUUUUUUGUAAAGUACGCAAAAAGUGCCUUUUUAAAGGUACAUGACAUCAAAAUAACAUUUAUUUUUCUACGAGCGGUACCAUUAGUAUCAGUGGUACCAAAAAAGUUUAAACACAAAUUUCUGAUUUUUUUCCCGAAUCUUUCUUUACUACUACUAAGACCUUUGUUUUAUGCCAUUUUCGACAGUAUGUUAUAACACUUCAGGUGCCUACGCGACGACGAUUGCGACACAACCCGUUCCAACCGCUACCUCUGCUGCCCGACCGGCUGCAACUACAACGUGUGCAUCCGAACCCGCAACCGAAGCCCCAACCAUCUGGCCGAACAGAUCAGCCUGAUGCAGGCGGCGAACAACGGAAUCGGUAGGUCUGAAAUACCGUACCCGCGACGCAAAGACCCCCUUAUCGUACCGCACGCGGCCCCAUCAUGGCAACAGAACAGCGUCGUCUGGAACUACGAGCUCGAGCGUUUGGUACACAAACGAAAAAAGGUAUUCGAAAUGUGGUCCGCACGGGCGUGCUGUGCUUGUUUGUUGUGGUGGGGUGUGCGGUAGGGGGAUAGUGUUUGAAGAAAGGCAAGGCGGGGGGAGUUUUACUUUGUGAUAGCGGGAGGGUGGUAUAAUACCCAAGAUUGAAUAAUUUUUUUUUCAAAAAAGUGGGACAAAGUUGAUAACUUUGGCUAUGGCAAAUUUUUUAAAAACAGAGCAGCCCGAGCCUAGCUCUAGUUUUAGCCCUAGCUUUAGCCCUAGCCCUAGCCCUGGCCCUAGCCCUAGCCCUAGCCCUAGCCCUAGCCCUAGCCCUAGCCCUAGCCCUAGCCCUAGCCCUAGCCCUAGCCCUAGCCCUAGCCCUAGCCCUAGCCUUAGCCCUAGCCCUAGCCCUAGCCCUAGUCCUAGCCCUAGUCCUAGCCCUAGCCCUAGUCCUAGCCCUAGCCCCGAGCCCUAGUCCAAAGCCCUAA